UAAACUCCCAGUCAACAAAAAAUAUAAAAAGUUCACCGGCCAGCGGUGGAUAGAGAAAUAUCCAGUUCACCGUCGGGGACGACUGCGCAACCUUUCUCUCCCCCCCCAAUUCCUGAAGGGUUGAUUCAUAUUGGUAAGUUCAUUUAUUCUAUCUUCUUCGUUUUUUCCCCUUAUUUUAAGUUGUCCGUUCUAUCAAUUUGUCACUUUUCCCUUUUCUAUCGUUGUUAGAUUGUAUGUGCCCUAGAUUUCUGCUCGAAUCGCCGCCAUAUCCACCUCCUCCACCGGCCCGUUAUUUGCUCAAAUUAAAACCAUCACGGCCCGUAUUUCUUAAGUUGUGUUAGUCUUUGGAAGCUUGAUGCGUUGGUGGUGCAUUCUUUAACUUUUUUCGAUCUCCUCCACCGGCGGCUCAAAAAGUUUCAAACGUUUUUGUUUUGUGCAUAUUUUUCUUUUAACUUAUUUAAAUUUAGCUGGGACUUGGUACUCCUGGCCCCGUUGGCUCACUGCUUUAUGCAUGUAUGAAUCUGGAUUUGUUGUUACAGUUGAGCAGUACAAAGGUUUAUUACUUCCCUUUUUCUUAGUUGGGGCUUCAAUCUUUGUCUUAGCGUUCGAAACAGGAUUUGGUGUCCUUUACCUGUUCGCUUCAGCUUUUUUCUAUGUUCUGUUUGUGUGUUUUUGCUUGGUGUGAAGGUAGCCUGUAUUAAACUGAGUGCAUCAAUUAUAGUUGUUGGGUGUUUUUCUUCUCUGGUAACGUCUUUUUCCCCCUUUGCUUUUGUGUAGGGCUCUUGGUGGAGAGUUUAAUUAAGAUUCUUGUUUGGAGGAUUGAUGGCUGCUUUGAAGGAUCUUCUUCCUCCUGUCAAAUCGAGUGGCACCACUCAUUACGAUCAUUCCAAUGAUCCCUGGUUCAAGAAGAGGUAUACUGCCGCUGAGUCUGAAAAAUCUUUAGCGGUUAAACCCAAUCCAGUUCCCCCAUACUUGAAAAGAGCAGGCUUUAAGCCAACCAAGAUUGAGGAUUUUGGAGAUGGUGGGGCAUUCCCUGAAAUUCACAUUGCUCAAUACCCUCUUGACAUGGGUCGAAAGAGGGAUUGGAAGCCCGGUAGUAAUACCUUGCCCGUGACCGUUGAUGAGCAUGGGAAUGUGAGGUAUGAUUCUAUUGUGAGGCUAAAUGAAAAUUCCAAAAAGAUUGUUUAUUCUCAGCAUAAAGACCUUAUCCCAGCUGUGGUCAAAGAUGGGAUAAAUGAGGAAGAGAUGGAUUUGGAUGAGAAGCAGAAAGAAAUUGAGGAAACUACUCAGGAUACCAAAGCUGCUUUAGAGAAGAUUGUAAACGUGAGGUUGAGUGCAGCUCAGCCUAAAAAUGUUCCUACACAAUCUUCUGAUUCCAAAUAUAUCAAGUACAAGCCUUCACAGCAGUCUGCUGCUUUUAAUUCUGGUGCAAAGGAGAGAAUUAUUCGGAUGGUCGAGAUGCCUGUCGAUCCUUUGGAGCCACCUAAAUUCAAACAUAAGAGGGUUCCGAAAGCUUCUGGUUCUCCUCCUGUGCCAGUAAUGCACUCCCCUCCCCGGCCUGUGACUGUGAAAGACCAGCAAGAUUGGAAGAUCCCUCCAUGUAUUUCGAAUUGGAAGAAUCCUAAAGGUUAUACAAUACCUCUGGACAAGCGUUUGGCAGCUGAUGGUAGGGGUCUCCAGGAUGUUCAGAUUAACGACAAUUUUGCUAAGUUGUCUGAGGCUCUGUAUGUAGCAGAACAGAAGGCUAGAGAGGCUGUUGAAAUGAGGAAUAAGGUACAGAAGGAAAUGAUGAUGAAAGAGAAAGAAAAGAAAGAGAUGGAACUGCGAGAGUUGGCCCGAAAAGCUAGAUCUGAGAGAACUGGUAUUGCUCCCCCAUCUGGUUCUAUGCCUCCUUCUGAGAGAGUGGUCGAUGAUAUGAUGGCAGAUUACGAUCGUGUUAGGAAUGCUCCAAGGGAGAAGGAGAGAGAGAGUAAAGAGGAGAGAGAGGAGCGGUUGCAAAGGGAGAAAAUCCGUGAGGAGCGACGUAGAGAGAGGGAGAGGGAAAGAAGGUUGGAAGCCAAAGAUGCAGCUAUGGGAAAGAAAAGUAAGAUUACCAGGGACAGAGACCGAGACAUCAGUGAGAAAGUUGCUCUUGGAAUGGCAACAACAGGGAAAGUGGGUGAAGUCCAGUAUGAUCAAAGGCUGUUUAAUCAAGAGAAAGGAAUGGACUCUGGAUUUGCUACUGAUGAUGCUUACAACGUAUAUGACAAGGGUCUUUUUACUGCACAGCCUACUCUCUCUACUCUUUACAAGCCCAAGAAAGAUGUUGAUUCUGACAUGUAUGGAGGUGAAGAUGAGCAGCUCGACAAGAUUAUGAAGACUGACCGCUUUAAGCCUGACAAAGCAUUUGUUGGUACGUCUGAGAGGACUGGUCCUAGAGGUGGACCUGUUGAGUUUGAGAGAGAUACUGAAGAAGCUGAUCCAUUUGGUUUGGAUCAAUUCUUGACUGAGGUUAAGAAAGGUAAAAAAGCAAUGGACAAAGUUGGAAACAGUGGUACAAUGAAGGCUACGGCUGGAUCCAUGCGAGAUGGAUUUGAAGGAUCUGGAAGAUCUCGCAUUGCUUUCGACAAAGGCCGUUAGUCAUCUUCUAAGCUUUCCCGGAGGGAUUUCAGCCUUUGCUGUAUGAACUUACUUUUUUCUUUGAUCAAUGUUGGAAUAUAUUUCAAAUCCGGACUGUAGAGUUACAGUCCUGCAAUGUUCCUGCUCUUGUGUCAGGUUUUUCUAAGUUAAAAUUUCGAUUUCACUCGUGGGAUGUACAAUAUUUUCUGGAUAAAGGCUAUGCUUUUGUAAUAUGCCUCCUGGUUUCGUUGGUUACAUGUUUAUAGUUCCAUUUGGCACAAAAGAUUGCAGCUUUUUUGUCGAACAACUAUAAAAAAUGAUUUUUGAGAGAGCUGAAAGCUGAAUGGCUGGAUUGCUGCCUCUUAUCUCCUUCGGAGAACGGGAGAAUAAUAUUGUCAGGCCUGGGAGAAGAGUUUUUAAGUAGCCAGAAAAAACGAUGGGCUGAUGUGGUUCGGCUUAUGGUGGUUGUGGUGGUUAUAGGACUUCCACACCCUCUUAUGUUUUCAGAUUACAGUGAUUAGCUUUGUGAUUUGUAGGACCACUUAAGCUAUGUAGACCUUUCAAUGUGCAUGAUCAUACUGUUUUAAGUCCCAUUUGUUUUGUGUUAGAAUUUCUCAGUUUUGCUUGAUCUGUCACCACUUGAAUAUGCAUACACCGGUUUUAACAGUGGACAUAAAUUUGCAUGAAAUUGAUCGACAGAGAGAUUCCUACAAAACUAAAGAUUCAAAAGUCCUACAACUGAUGAAACUUUGUAAAAACUAACAUGAAAGCUUUGGAUUGAAUUCUGAAAUCUUUUUCAUUUCAAUCUAUGAGCUCGUGUUUAAUUACUACAGAACCCGUGUAAGGCAGGCAUUGGAUGUCUCAUACAGUAUAUCAGAAUAUCUCUACUUACUGUCUCCCCAGUUCAAGGAUUCCUUAGUAUUUUCGAUUCAGGAAAAGCACCAGAUCGAUCAGUAGCUAAAACAGAAAAUAUAAAGCAUUCAUCCAUAGACUUUUUGCUCAUGGUAUUUACUACUAUUUAUGAGCCCAUUCCUCUUCGGUUUCAAAAUCCCGCCGACUUACUUUCAGAAUCAUACGGAGAAAUUUUAGGAACCUCUCUCUAUAAAUAUGUGAGGCUGCACAUCUGCGGAUUCUUUAACGGUUCCGGAGAUGUCCCCGUCAAAGGAUUCUUCUCCGCCGUCGAAGUCGACUCGUACCGCCGAUGAUGACGAUUCUGCGGCAGAGUCGAGAAGAGUUGGUUUUGGAAAAUUGAAGGUGGGAUUGAAAGAUUUCCUUCCUCCACCUGCCAAGUUGAAUGGUAAAUCUCAUUAUGACCAUUCCAAUGAUCCCUGGUUCAAGAACAGGUAUUCUGAUAGAGCUGCAGAGUCGUCGGAGAAACCUGCGCCGGUUGAACCCAAUCCAGUCCCACCGUACUUGAAAAGGGCUGGACUCAAACCGACAAAGCUCGAGGAUUUCGGCGAUGGAGGGGCGUUUGCUGAAAUCCACAUUGUUCAAUUCCCUCUUAACAUGGGUCGGGAGCGAGUAUCCGGCAACCCGAAAAAUAGUAGUAAUACAUUGAUUGUGACAGUUGAUGAGCAUGGUGACAUAAUGUAUGAUUCUAUUGUGAGGCUAAACGAAAAUGCCAAAAAGAUUGUUUAUUCCCAGCAUAAAGACCUUAUCCCAGCUGUGAUCAAAGAUGGGAAAAAUAAGGAAGAAGAGAUGGAUUUGGAUGAGGGGCAGAGAGAAAUUGAGGAAACCACUGAGACAACCAGGGCUGCUUUAGAGAAAAUUGUGAAUGCGAGGUUGCGUGCUGCUCAGCCUAAGAAUGUCCCUGCACAAUCUUCUGAUUCCAAAUAUAUAAAGUACAAGUCUUCACAGCAAUCAGCUGCAUUUAAUUCCGGCGCAAUGGAGAGAAUUGUUCGGAUGGUGGAGACCCCUGUUGAUCCUCUGGAGCCACCUAAGUUCAAAGCUAAGAAGGUUCCUAAACCUUCUGGUUCUCCACCUGUGCCGGUAAUGCACUCACCUCCGCGGCCGGUGACUGUUAAAGACCAGCAAGAUUGGAAGGUCGCCCCUUGUAUUUCGAAUUGGAAGAAUGCUAAAGGUUAUGUAAUACCUCUGGGCAAGCGUGUGGCAGCUGAUGGCAGUGGUCUCCAGGAUGUUCAGAUUAGUGAGAAUUUUGCUAAGUUGUCUGAGGCUCUGUAUGUAGCAGAACAGAAGGCUAGAGAGGCUGUUGAAAUGAGGAAUAAGGUACAGAAGGAAAUGAUGAUGAAAGAGCAAGUAAGGAAAGAUAUGGCGCUGCGAGAGUUGGCCCGAAAAGCUAGAUUAGAGAGAACAGCUCUCCCAUCUGGUUCCAAUUCUAUGCCUGUUUCUGAGAGAGUUACUGAUGAUAUCAUGGCAGAUUAUGAUCCUGUUGAGAAUAAUGCCUCAAGGGACAGAGAGGAGAAGUUGCAAAGGGAUAAUAUCCGUGAGGAACGACGAAAUGAGAGGAAGAGGGAGAGAAGGUUGGAGGCCAAAGAUUCAGCCACGGGAAAGAGAAGUAAGCUUACGAGGGACAAAGACCGAGACAUCAGUGAGAAAGUUGCUCUUGGAAUGGCUACAACGGGGAAUGUGGGUGAAGUCCAGUAUGAUCAAAGGUUGUUUAAUCAAGAGAAAGGAAUGGACUCUGGAUUUGCGACUGAUGAUGCUUACAAUGUAUAUGACAAGGGUCUUUUCACUGCGCAACCCACUCUGUCUACUCUUUACAAGCCCAAGAAAGAUGUUGAUUCCGACAUGUAUGGAGGUGCAGACGAGCAGCUCGAAAAGAUUAUGAAGACUGAUCGCUUUAAACCUGACAAAGCAUUUGCCGGUACGUCUGAGAGGACUGGUCCUAGAGAAGGACCUGUUAAGUUUGAGAGAGACGCUGAAGAAGCUGAUCCAUUUGGUCUGGACAAAUUCUUGAGUGAGGUUAAGAAAGGUGAAAAAGCAAUGGACAAAGUUGGAAAAAGUGGUACAAUGAAGGCUACUGCUGGAUCCAUGCGAGAUGGAUUUGAAGGAUCUGGUAGAUCUCGCAUUGCUUUCGACAAAGGCCGUUAGUCAGCUUCUUUAUUAUUAUAAGCUUUCCCGGAGGCGCUUCAACCUCUGCUAUCUUUUGUCUAUGUUGAAAGAUUGUUCUUGGGGGAAGGAGAUGGAUUGUAGAGACGAUUUAAUCUCAUUUGAGGAUUUUUCCUAGUUCAAAUUUCCUUUUACUUGGUGGUCUUUGUAAUAUGAGUACUUAUUAUUACCCCGUCCCAAAAAAAUGGUCUAUAUCGAGUUUUCAAAUUUGUACUAGAGACAGUUGUGGACUAUUUUUUGGGACUCAUAAAUGAUUCUUUCUCUUUUUAUAUGUCUACUGCUUUUUUUUGGUUUCAUAUUCACGGUUCCAAGGAUCUUAUAGAUUUCCACAAAGAUCAAGAAUCUGGGCUAUAGGCAACACAACAAAA